GAGUAACAGAGAAUUGUGUGCGGGUCACGUGGUCUCUGCGUGCAUCCCCUCAGGCAUCAGCCCUCCUGCACACAAUGCCACCAUUCUCCCAAGCCUAGCCCGAGCCCUGGGCUACAGCCCUUGCCCCUGCCCCCAGGGCAUCCUGAAGGUGUGACCAGGUUCGGCAUGGGCAGUUCUUCCCUUUGGGACACUGUGACCGGCGUACGGCAACCAGCCAGCCUUCUGCAGACAACAGCGCGCGUUCUCUUUGCAGUAGGAACAAAGCUUUUAGAGAAAGAGGCUUUUUAAAGACAGGCUCCAGCCAGUUCUUCCCCUACAGUCUCACCAUCCCCUGCUAGUGACCUAGGCAGGCCAGCUCCUUCACGCAGCCCCAGCGGGGUCAUGUCUCAAUUUGGCUCCCUCAAACAAAUACUGCCCCCCCUUUAACCUCCUGUAUACACACACUUGAGCGGGUCCCUUUUAAAUCCUGCUCUAGUUCUUUUGUUCUGUUCCCGGCCUUUGGACUUUCAAGACGGACCCUGUAGGCUGAGCCGGAGCCCUCAGAGCCCAUAGGUCUGGUGUUGUCCUUUGCCAGUUCAAGUGCUGGCUGAGCGGGCGCUUACCUUGAGCCAUUCCUUUCCCUCCUGCCUGUUUCCCCAGCCAGCCCGCUGUUGAGUUAACCCAAUAUAUUCAUACAGUAACAUCCCAAUUGCCAGGCCAGUGUACAGCAGUGUUAUGCUAGGGGCACUGGUGACUGCUUUGAUGGUCAUGGGCUCUGAGACUGGGCAUCAGCAAACCCUUCAAUUAGCAGAACUGUCAGGAUGGGUUAAUCAGAACCGCCUCCCACCCCUGCAAGGGGAAAGGGGGUUUUGAUCCCACCCAGGAGUCUGGCCUGAGUGGGGAGCAGGUGCAUGUAAAUCACACACAACAGAGAGGUGGAGGCCAAAAGCCAGAAAGCCAAGCCGUAGCGUGAGAGCACAAUGGCACCCUGGAGAAAGCUGGACAGCUGUUGGGGCUGCUGUUGGCUACAGAGACUUGGGGCUGUGAGCUCAGAAACUGCCUCUUUCAUUCUCGGUUCCUCCUGCAUUUGGAGCAGCAGGAUUUUGUACUUUCCUUGUAACUAAACAAACAAGACAGCGUCAGACAAGAUAUCUGACUCCAUCACUGUCUACUUCCCACCGGCACGGCCCCAGGGGCCCUGAAAUCUGACUAGCCGCUCGGAUCACCAAGGGGCAGCUGUAUUCAGGAAUUAUUACCAGCAGCUCCACAUCCAUCCCUCCUUCCCCUCAUCGGUCUUCUCCCUGCUCUGUUCACUCCACCCUCUCCCAUCCCAUGUCUUUCCAUUUAGCUAAUGGAAUUGACUAAACCCCACUCCCUCCAAAAUGGGGUCACCAACAUGACAUGUGCCCCCAUCACCCUGAUCGCUGUUGGAAUGUUUUAUUCCCCGCCCCUGUUGUGUUGCCUAUUUAGAUUAUAAGAUCUUCAGGGCAGGGACUGUCUGUGACCUGGUGUUUGUACAGCUCCAAGCACCCUGCCCUUCCUUGCUUUCAGCAGCUCCUUCAGCAUUACUGUGAUAAACACACUCAGUAAUCAAUGAGACAUUGCAAUUGAAUAAAGCCACCUUUCUCAAACCAGUCACUCCAGCUGUAAACCAGAAGCCCAGAAUGCCACUUGUUUCUUAUUCAUCACCCAGAUUGCUACAUGGAUUUCUUGCAUUUGUUUAAUCCCCCAAGAGGAAGCUGGAGAGGGAAGAGCUUGCGAAUUCAGCUGCAUGUGGUUGAGUUUCAGAGAAUGGUGCCAAAAGACAGAAGCGUGUGGUGGGUUUGGAUCUCGGUGCUGUGUGCUGGAACUGUUGCCAGAGCAGCAGAACAAGGACAAUUGUCCAAGGACACGGGGGAAAGGGGGCGUCUCGGAGGAACAGCGAGCUACUUCACCUGGACAGCGGAGAGAACAGACAGAAAUGCAACAUGGGUCACUACGAACACAGCCACUUCCGCAGGAGAAGGACCCACAAUGCCCAACGCAACAGUUCUCAUCCUGGGAAAGGACACCACUGGGCGCAAAACCAGCGCCGCAGUUUCCAGCUCAAUCAAGUACUGGGUCCCGCCGGCGUUCAUGGUUAUUGCGUUGAUCACCCUGUAUUUCACGUACAGGAAGACCACAGAGAGAGAAAGCCGCAGCAGAGCGGGGUCCAUUGAUCAAUCCUCGGACUCUGAUUCAAAGGACAAUCAGGAGGUUCACGGUGCAGCCCAUGUUAUCCCCCAUCCGGAGGCGUGGAAUCAGACCCAUGCGGAGACGCUGCGGGCAAAGGAGACUCUAAGCACUGAGAGAGAUGAACAAGCUCUCUCUGACCCAGAUCCUUCCCCCAGCCAGAUUGACCAGAACGCAGCAGCUGAUAGCGCAGCCCCGCGCAGCGAUCCCAGGAUGUCAGACCCUGUCAGAGCUUCCUGGCCCCUCAGCGCAACGCCAGCACAUGGAGAAACCACAGAGGCUUUGGUCACUUUUGAAGAAAGCUCUGUACGCCAAUCCCAGCCCACUCCAAAUCUUCCCCUUGUCCCCUGAUGAAGAAGGGAGGUGACAGUCAAUCUCACCCCUUACAUGGCGCUUUUCUCCUGUAGAUCUCAAGGUGCAUUGCAAAUGGGGGUACAUAUCAACAGCCCCAUUUAGAAGGGGAAACUGAGGCACAGAAAGGCAAAGUGACUGUGCCUCUCAAGCCAGCAACAGAGCGAGGAAACAGAACCCAGGAAUCCUAAUACCCUGUCUGGCACUGGACUGUUGCUUAGCCUUGAUUGUGGUGCUGCUCUCUUGUGGAUGGCAAACUUUGGCCCUGAUUCUCCAUAAUGUUAAGUACGCGUCUAAAUCC